AUGCCCAUCGCAGGACGAGACAUGACGCUUUUCAUCCAGCAGCUUCUUCGUGAGCGAGGAGAGCCGAUUCCAGCAGAUCAGUCGCUAGAGACUGCAAAGCGAAUCAAGGAGCGCUACUCGUACGUCUGCCCAGACAUCGUGAAGGAGUUCAAGAAAUACGAUACCGACCCCGACAAAUGGAUCAAGACCUACAAGUCAGUCAACCCGGUCACGAGCCAGCCAUGGCAGUGUGACGUGGCAUAUGAGCGAUUCUUAGCACCGGAAAUCUUCUUCAGCCCUGAGAUGUACAGCAGCGAUUAUUUGAAGCCUCUCCCUGUUCUGAUAGACGAGAUGAUUCAAAGUUGCCCGAUAGAUACGAGAAGAGGGCUGUACGGGAACGUGGUUCUUUCAGGAGGAUCGACGAUGUUCAAGGAUUUUGAUAAGAAAUUGAAGAAAGAUCUGAAGAAGAUUGUUGACCGUAGGAUCCAGAGGAGUGCGGUCGACAUCGACGUCGUUUCGCAUGAGUUUCAACGUUAUGCCGUCUGGUUUGGUGGAAGUCUCAUAGGAAACUCGCCGGAGUUCGUCACUGCUUGUGUCACGAAAGAACAGUACGAGGAGUACGGACCAAGCAUCUGUCGACAGAGCAAAGUCUUCGCGGGCGUCUAG